AAUUGCAAAGAUCUCAGAUCUAUAAAGUGUCGUUUGCAAAUAAUUAAAGAAAAUGUUGAAAUCACAUCGUCUUUUUGUCGGAAACAUCCCGAAAGGGACUACCGAAGAAGAGCUAAAUGCAGAAUUCUGUGCUUACGGUGUUGUUGAAUCGAUAGAAAUUAAACAGAAGUCCAAUCCGGCCAGCGAUGUGGUUGAUAUCUUCGGUUUCGUUACAUUGCAGGCAGACGAUUAUACUGUACAUUGUUGUAUCAAAGAGUUUAGCGAGCAGAAAUAUAAAGGUGUGUAUUUGAACGUCUCCAAAGCAAAGGAAUCAUUUUUAGACCGUUUGAAACGGGAAAGAGAAGAAGCAGAGGCACUAAAAGAAUCUGCUGCUUCGUUGGAGCCGUACAAAAAAUUAGCUGUUGAGGAAAAUGUUGCCAAGUCUCCCGAAAAGUUGCCGACGUUGCCUACGAUAUCGAAAUCGAAUGAAAGCAGUUCUUCGGAAAGUUCAGAAUCAGAAAGUGAAGAUGAAGAAGAACCUAGUCGAGGCAAUCAAACGAUUACCAAUCGACAGCCGAUUGCAAAACCGGAAGGUGAGCUUGUGAGAAAGUGGAACCAAGAAACUUACAUCGAGCAUGGCAAACUGAAAAUUAUUCCCAUCACGGGUCAGGUAGCAGACGUGAUUGAUCGAUCAAAAUCUCGUCAGAAACAAUCGGAGGGUAAAAAGCUUGGAGAGCAAGCUCGUAUAGCCGAUGAGAAGCGUAAGCAAGGUUUGACCAAACUGAAAACUGCCUACGAGCAGCAGAAAAACGCCAUCAAAAGUGCACUCUCGGGCGAUUCGGUGAACAACAAGCGUAAGAUCGCUUUUAGCGAUGACGAAGACGACGAGGAAGGCUCGUCAACGAAACCGAAACUAUCUCUUUUCAAUGGCCAAGAUGAUGAUGAUGGCUUUGAAGGCAACUUUUCGGUUCGCAAUCAACUGGAAGGACAGGAGGGACAAAAGCUUCACGAAAUGCAAACAACGUACCAUGCAGACAACAGAUUUCGCUUGGAUUCGCGGUUUCUCGAUCACGACGACAAGACUAAAGGUGAACGGAAACCUCAGGAGAACAUAAAUGAUAAGGAUAGGCGAAAGCAACUGGAAAUCCUAUCAAAUGUGACGGGAAAAACUCUGGGUGAAAAACGUAACGACAGUAAAAAAGCUCCACAAAUGCAACGCUUCGACCCGUCUCAAAAAGAAAAAACUGAUCAAGAUAAAGCGCCAGAAAAGCCAGUAAACAUGGAUGAGCUGAAAAAGGCUGAACGGCCAGAAGAGGAGUAUAAAGUAUCGGAACAGAAGUUUUACGUCGUUUCCGAUGAACUGUUGAACUCAAUUAAAGGCUCCGCGGCGAGAACGGAUAACAAUGAAGGGUUUAGUCUGCUCUCGAUGUUUGGUAGACCUGCUGAAGAUAAUCCGAGCGCGGAAGUCACCAACGAGGAUGUCUAUGAAGCUGAUGAAGAGAUGCCUCUUCAAAGCGAUGCCAAGUUUAAAUAUGAGUCGUCGGACAGUGAAGAGGAAAACCAAGCUGUCGAAGAUCAUAAGAACAGGAUGGAACAAUUUGAAGAUGGCAAAAGUAACAAGCAAACGAAAGAGAAUGAUAAAGAGAAGGAUGAAUCGUGGAGGGAAAAUGUGGCACAACGAAAGGCUGGGUAUUAUUACUCCAGGCAGGGAAUUUGGAAGGAAAACUUCUUCUUUCUUCCCGAUGACGUUCGUUUUGAUGAAGGACGAAAAUUCUUCGGCAUUCAUUCCGUUCCUGCUGGAGAAUCUGCUACAGGUGAAACAAGAGAACCCAAUGCAGAGGAAACGAAGGGCAAUGUUAAGGAUAUUCGUAAAAUAUUCAAGAAGCGUCGACAACGUGAGGAGAAAAUCGUUCGAACUAAUUCGAAACGAGUUUUCAAAAUGAUGAAGAAAAGGACUCUACGAAAAUGAAGUAUUGCUUGGAAAAUAAACAGGUACCAUCAUUCCGAAGGCGAUACGAUCGAGCUGGAAGAUCCGGAAGCUUUAGAUAAAAGUACAGCCCUGUGGGCAGCGACGGCCUACGUUAUUGCCGAUUUGAGCA